GGUGCCACAUCCGAUAGAUACACAGCCGAUAUACAUAUAAAGAAAAAAAGCCACACUUUUUUUACAUUACUCAUCAUGUUCAGGUUUACAAGAGUUCAGCAUUCAAUCAGAUUAACAGAUCUGAUUGCCAAGAGAUAUUAUAAACUUAGUGUUGGGUCUGUUAAGAAGGGUCAGAUUGUUCAAUUGAAGGAUAAAGCAUGGAGAGUAUUGAAUAGAGAUCAUGUCUCCUCUGGUCGAGGUGGUGCUGUAGUCAAGAUGGAACUACAAGAUAUCUUGUCAAACACCAAGAUAAACGAACGCUUUAAAUCAGGCGAUUCCUUAGAAAUCUUGAAUCUAUCAGACGAAGCAUAUCAAUUUCUAUAUACAAAUGGUGACAAGAUUCACUUGUUAAACCUCGAGACAUUUGAAGAAAUUGAGAUGCCUGUAUCUGCUUGUGAAGGAGGUGAACGCGCGGUUGGAUUACUAGAAGAUGCUAUGCCUAUUGCCGUCAGUUUUCUUACUACACCUGAACAUGGUCGACAACCUUGUACGUUCAAGUUACCCAACAACUACACAUUCACAGUUGAAUCCGUUAUCGAACGUGGAGGCCAAGCAGCCAAAGGAACAGUCUACAAGACGGCUACAUUAACCAAUGGAGCUAAGCUACAAGUACCUGAAUUUGUUCAUGAAGGAGAUAAAAUUGUUGUAGAUAUCGAAAGUAUGAAAUAUAUGCGUCGUGAGCUCUAAUGAAAAUGAUAUCAUUCCCUUAUUAAUAACUAAAAUAUCAUUGGC